ACCCCGAGAGGAUGCGAUUGUGAAUACGCUGAUCUUAUAGCACUACUUUUACACAAUCCCAUGAUCCCAACGACUUUUUCUUUAACUGACAGUGACAAUAUUGGCAUUAACUACGAUUUCCAGGGAAAAUGUCCUCAGAUGGAAGUGGGAAACGCUAUGGGCCAGUAAAUAAUCCAUAUGCACACACUCUUCGGAAUCAGUUUGAGUAUUUAAAACGUGCACGGCGAACUGAAUUAAAAUUUCAUGCCAGUAACAAUCCAGGAGUGACAUUUAUGCUGUUCUCUGGCGCAUUGGUGAUUGCUACAUUGUAUCCAAUGGUGAAACUGCGUGAUAGGAUUGAUCUAGUACAAAAAGCCUACCAUUGUCACUAUAGAGUGUUAAGGAAAGAAGAUGCAGACCCAAAACUGAAAGAACUUGGAUAUUAUAACUAAGUUACAACAAAAGCUUUGUACAUGAUGUUUAACUGUGACAUAAAUAUUAAUGAAAUGUU